AUGGCAGGGGAAAUGAUGAAGAAGAGGAGCCCGUUUGGUGUCGUCCUGUCCCGUUUAGAUCGCCCGAGUCCAGGUAAGGCCGGUUGGUUGUUUCCACCUCAGCCCGGUACCUCUGUUACACAGCAGAGGGUGAGGGGGAGAACAAGUUCCAGACGUGCAGCUCUGCUGUUCCAGCCAAGGCAGCUGCAGAUGCAAGCUCUUAGGAGGCAGGCAGAAAGAGAGAAGGCGAUGUUCGAUGUUCCUCCUCAUAUCUUGCCCUUCCUUCCUGUCAGCACCAUUGAGGAAAGAGCAUCUGCCAUCAACCAGUACCCAAGGGAAGAGGCUUACUUACCACUCACAUUUCAUAGCUCACGGACGCAUGAUCUUAUGCCUCGCGGUGACCUGUGUUUCUUGGGUUUUGUUCGCAUCUCACUCCCCGUUCUUCAGACCCUUCCCUCAGUAUCAAGGGUCACUCUUUGCAAAGACCUGAAUGUGCCGCCUCAUUCUUCACGGCAAAGACAACCAUCAACCCUCCUCCAUAGUCCCCAUCACACUCCCUUUAAUCCUCGACAUGCCGGGGCGUCGCCGCGUCGCCCCCAACUGUACGGUUGCCCCCUGCACCUGUCGCUCAAGCCGUUCCGGAUUGACAACAGGGAUCCUGGGACAUGGAUCAAGACUGCUGUGUGCGGAGUACAGAGUCACGGAGUGUUGUCUCUUGUCUCCUCGCCUCUGCCCCUCCCCUCCCUGCUUACCUCACCGCGAUGCGCAUCCACGGUGUACGUACACCUUCACUGCGUGCUGAGCACCAAGUUGCCCAACGUUCCCCCCUCAAAACAUCUAGGUUUGUUUCAGGAACACCAAUGGGAAAGCAAGCUCGGGGCUAGCUAUCCACGUCACUCCUUGCCAUCCAACCUGGGAAGUCACCGUAGGUCCACUGAUGACUGGACACCUGCAACAUGCACCGCACCGCACCGCACCGCACUGCUCUGCACCACUUGCUCACGCGCUGGCAGCCCGGACCUCAUGCCGAGCGACAUCUCCGGUACACCUGUCUCAAGGUUCUUUCCCUCACACCUCACUGCACCGCACGAUACGCAACAUGUGUUCGUACCUGCACCAACAUCGGCAAGAGAGGGGCCAGCGGAAGAGCCGCGGCCAACUUCUCCGCCUCUGUUCGCCGUCCCAGAGGAAGCUCCGAGCUCGACAUUUGACGCCGUUACAACUGCCCGUGACGCUGUCCCUUCCACCUCUUCUUCUUCUUCUCAGUCUCCUCUCUCCCCAAGGCGUUUCCCCGCACCGCCACCUCUCAGACUCCUCCAUCCCUCUGGCCUAUCCUACUCCUGCGUAGACACUGGGCACGACGGUGUCAAACACUCCAACGGCACUCUUCACCCUAUCUGCAAAGAAGAGCAAGUAACGAACACCAUGACCAGCCGUGCUUUCCUACACGGCAUACCUACCUUACGUGGCACCAUCUCCUCCUCAUCGCACGUGUCAACCCGUCUAGGCCGUCCAUCCCCGUAUCUUCUCCUAACUCAAAAUACGCUGAAUGACCGCCCGGCACGCCAACAUGGGAAAAGCUCAGCGGCGAAACAUUUCUUCUCCGAGGACUACGUUCACUCAUACUUUCUCAUCUUCUUACCUCUUUCGCACUUCAGAAUCGCAGAUAGCGAUGCAAGACAAAUCUCCUUGGAAUGCCUUUCGACCAUCACCGGCGACGGGCGCGCCUCGUCUCAGGCCAAGUCACGUCCGGUCCCAGAAACCACAAUGCCGCCCAAAUCCGCUACAGCUGGAAUAAUACCACAUAUCCAAACAUGUUUACCCAGCUAUAGAUCGACCUGUAAUCCAAAGCAAACCCACCCAGAAAAGACGAAGAAGCACUCUUCCUCCGCGCUGCCAGCCCAUAGGAGACGAAAGAGCGCGCACCCUCUCACAUUCCCCCGUAUCCAAGCCAAGCUAGCCUUCCCUCGCAGCCUCAUCUAUUCCUACUUCUUUCCUCUCCAGCGACGCGGUGGCCCGUCCGGCGGUUACAUCAACAUACGGAACCAGAGGAGUAGAAAAGACCCUGGGAAGGAUGAACCGCGUCGGGUCCACUCCGAAACUGCCAUGGGGGAGAAACACGGUGACGGUACCCUGCCCAGGGUCCCAGUCUCCGGUUCCCACGGCGCGUCCUCGUUUUCUCAGACAUUCAUCCUCCUCAGAGUACAGCGGCGCGGCGGCAGCUCAGCUCGUCCUGUUCCAAUCUCUCCCUUUUCCAUGCUGCUGCCCGUUCUCAUCGCGACCUGGUCAGAGAUUGUCGUUCCCGUACCCGGAAGCUCAGCCAAGACCCAGGCGAGCAUCAAACAAGACGGUAAACAAUUUGGAUCCUGUAAUGUCAUUUCCUUCCAGUGCCACCCGGUAAUUGCAAGCGAAUCGCCGCAUUUGCCGUCGUCGAAGACGCGCCAGUUCACAUUACGAGAAUUGCACAAAUCAGGAGAACAUCGCAUGAACAGUGAAAGGCUCCCAUCCCCCCCAACCACGCGUCGCGCUCGAUCAAAAGCAACCGCAACAUAUAGAAAAGACCAUCAAGACAAAAAACAAAGACAACAAGACAACGCAGUUGCGUUUUCCCCCCCAGGUUGGUUUCCCACAACGCUUCCCGGCCCAUUGCCCUUUCCCAUUGUGCGGAGAGCCGAGUAG